AUGAAGAUUAAAUUUGAUGAUAACGAACCCCAAGCACCCAUCUUGGAGAAAAUCAAGCAACCCAUUGUUAAUGACAGAGACUCUGAGUCUGACUCAGAUGAAGCUCCAGAAGAAGAAUCAAACACAGCUUCCAAAAGUAAAAUAUUAAAGGAACAACAAAAAUUGAAACAAUUGGAGAAACAACAAAAUGAAAUAAAUAAAGAAAAGAGAAGAAACCAAGAUUUAUACAACAAACAACAACAAUCAUUAAAGUCACAAAAGAAACAAGAGGUUGAUGAUUUAGUCAUACCCGACGUUUUACCAGAAGAUAUAAUAAAUUCAGCAUCAACUACUAGCAUCAAACAAGAUAAAAUCAAACCUAAGCAUUUGAAACUCGAUGAUUUUGAAGAUAGAAAACAAAUCAAAUUACAAAAAUUGAAGAAUUUAAAGUCUGAAGUCAAGAAAGGUCCAGUUCAUGUAGUUGUAAGUGAAAGGAUAAAAGGAGUUCCAAAAUCUGAGAAAGUUAUUGCAAGUAGGGAUAAAUGGUUGAAGAGAAAAGCUUUGGGAAGAAAAUAG